AUGAUUCCUGAAUCCCAGUCGGACUCAGACCAUACAGUACCGUGCAAUUCUUCCUCCACCUCUGAAAAGUUGACCAUCAUCACUAGCAACAGCGAUCCAACCUGUACGGACACACCGAGUAGUGUUUCGGUUCUCGAUUCGGAACAUUUAGUCAGUGCUAAGUUUCCAACUGAAAGACAACGUGAACUAGCUGGUGGUUUUUUGUCGGUCAUCAAACCGAAUUUGGAACGCUUGGAUCGUGCCGCUUUCGAACUGAGUCGGUCACAAGUUGAAUUUACCAAUCAGCUGAACAGUCUCAUUGAAGCCGUGAUUCAAUAUUUGCGAGGUUUGGAUCUAACUGGAGUCCACUUCGGUCCAGACGAGUCAGUCCAGGCGGCCUUGGACAACCAUGCAAACUCACAAGCAACUACUCGCACUCCGGCAGCAGCGACGCUUUGGCCCACCACUGAUGUUUUGGCCAGCAUGUGUCGCCUGCAGUGGCUCAAACUGGUCGACUCUGGUCUUUCUGGGGUCCAGUUACCAACCGAAUUAGGAAAACUGACCCAGUUGGAAAGUUUGUCACUUGCUCGUAACACCCUAUCUCAGCUAUCUGCGUUGAAAGACUGGCCAGCCUUAUUGCCCUCGUUACGUUCACUCAAUUGCCGAAAAAACGAAUUGACCGACGGUGAUGCAAUUCCUGUUAGCAUAUUCGAAUGCCCCAAUUUGCAGGUUAUUGACUUCAGUUGCAAUCGGCUGACUAAUGUACCAAAGGGGAUUGAAAAAGCCAAAGGCUUGUUGGUUCUAAAUCUCAGCCGCAACGCUAUCACCAGUGUACCUUCGGAAGUUUUUGUACAGUGCACGGAUUUGAUGCUUCUGGAUCUUUCUGAUAAUCAGUUGGAUGGUUUACCAGCACAGUUGCGUCGAUGCUCCUCGUUGCAGCAGUUAAUUUUGAGUAAUAACCCGUUACGAUUGGCUCAUCUACGUGCUGUUUCGUCUUUGAAACAGUUGGAGGUAAGUAUUGUACCUCUUGGUUCGGGGUAG